ACCCCUGAAGCAGAGAUGUCUUCUGACGAAUCCCCCACCUCGAUGGGCGAUACAGAAAAAGCUCGGCCCAAUAACAUGCCACGCUGGAGGCGUAUCUUUAGAAACAAGCCAAGUCGCGACCGGGAGGCAAACGAAGAAUCUACCUAUCGCCCAAGAAGAACUCUGGGCAUCCUUAGUGACAAGGAGACGGACGAAGUACCUGGAACGGUCCUUCUGCUCGCCUCUGAUCGAAACGAACCUCUGGGAAUGCGGCACCAGCCGCAACGGAUGUCAGCCUCAUCACUUCCCACGAGCAUUCAACCCUCCUCACGCUCGUCUUCGCGGAAUCCAGUUCCACAGCAAAAGCGAACAGCGGACGGGCAAAUUGUCCUAGACCCUCAGCCUGAUGACUCCGUCAAUGACCCUCUCAACUGGCCAGUGUGGCAACGAGACACUGCGUUGAUAUCACUGGGCUUUUACUGCUUAAUCGGAGGAGGCAUGACCACUAUUCUGGCCGCUGGAUUCAGUGAAGUUGCAGCUACCUACGAAGUGACUCAGCAGAAAGUAGCAUUCACAACGGGUCUCUACAUGAUGGGACUCGGCAUCGGGUCGGUGAUCAUGUCCCCAACCGCAAUCUUGUUCGGAAAGCGCCCUGUGUAUCUCCUUAGUGCGACUCUCUUCAUUCUAUCAGGCAUUUGGUGUGCCCUUUCCCCGAACUAUCCCAGCUUGGUGAUAGCCCGGAUCUUCCAAGGCAUUGCGGUGAGCCCGGUCGAAUGUCUCCCAUCAGCUACGAUUGCGGAGAUCUACUUCUUACACGAGCGAGCCUAUCGAAUUGGCAUUUACACGCUGCUGUUACUUGGUGGAAAGAACUUAGUUCCCCUCGCCAGUGCUGCUGUAAUCGGUAGUCUCGGAUGGCGCUGGGUAUUUUGGAUCGUGUCGAUCAUCGUUGGUGGCUUUUUGGUCCUGUUAUUUUUCUUUGUCCCUGAAACCUUUUGGGAUCGAACUCCACGUCCUCGAAAGUCACACAAGCGUCCACAUGCUCACCGAACGGUCUCCGACUUGAUGUCACAUGGAUUCAGAGGACGUCGUCCUCAUUUGCAGAUUCCUGACGAACCACUCUCACCAAAUGUCGAUGAUGCAACAUCGCCAAUUGAGAGGAAGCAUAAAAAUGCUCAUGUUGGAUUUGCAAAUGAUUUGCCAACGAACGAGAAACACACGCCAGAAGGUGGCGAUUACUUUUCUGCUCACGCUGGAAGCCCUACCACCGAUGCUCAGACUCACGCCGAGCCAUCUCAACCGAGUGUUGAACUAAGUGGUGGCCUCCAGCCGGUCCAACCUGCUCACAUCGACGCCUCCCACCGGAGCCCCGGUGAGGCCGAAGAAGGACGGCCCGCGGCCAUUUCGCCUGCACGCAGCGAGUCCCGUGAAACCAGUGCUCAUCUCUCGUCUACUUUACAGUACACAAAUCGACUACGUGAACGCCCAAGAAUCCCCUACGUCCAGCGACUUAGGGUAUGGAAUGGAAGAAUUGCCCGCGACAAGUGGUUGAAAAUUGCUGUGCGGCCCUUUAUCUUAUAUGCCUACCCGUCUGUUCUUUGGUCGGCUGUGAUUUACGCUUUAUCCGUUGGAUGGCUCAUUGUGAUCUCUGAGUCCGUCUCCAAGAUUUUUGAGAGCGAUGAGGGCUAUGGCUUUACUGCCCUCCAGACGGGUUUGGUCUAUAUCUCGCCCUUUGUUGGCGGUCUACUCGGAACUGCAGUAGCGGGCAAAGUGUCAGAUAUGGUCGUGCGUUUCCUCACACGGCGCAACGGAGGUAUCUAUGAGCCCGAGUUUCGCUUGGUAAUGGCAAUCCCUAUCGCCUUGUCGACUACGAUUGGGUUGAUGGGAUUUGGCUGGAGUGCACAGCUAAUGGAUGCCUGGAUUGUGCCAACAAUAUUCUUUGGUGUGAUUUCGUUCGGUUGCUGCUUGGGAAGCACGACUGCCAUCACUUUCUGUGUGGACAGUUACCGCCAAUAUGCAGGGGAAGCAUUGGUGACGUUGAAUUUUACCAAAAACAUCGUUCACGGACUCGUCUUCUCUCUCUUCAUUGUCGACUGGCUUGAAGCCGAUGGCUUCCGCACCGUCUAUCUUGCCAUCGGUGGGAUCCAGCUAUUCUGUCUACUCAUGUCCAUUCCGAUGUACAUUUACGGCAAGCGUGCCCGUAUGUGGACCGUCCGUAAGCGUUUGAUGGAACGAUUCUGAUUUAUGACCAUAUUGGACCGAUGCGUGAUGAUCAUGAUUUAUUUGGAUAUGGAUAGAAUAUAUGGAUUGCCUCACGGCUACAUGUUACGUUUUGCAUUUAUGUGGGACAUAUUGAAUUGAACUGAAUGAGACUGCUCCGAUUGGUAAUACCGAAUAUCGACCUUCGAAUCUGAGCUCCGAAAUGGUCAAAUGGCCAGCCCGGUCUAGAGUGC